CUGCCUCUCUUCUGCCUGACCUUCUGCUGUCUACGUUCUGCAGGUGAGGGGGGAGUAUCCUGUUCACUGUCUGUGUCUGGCUGCAGGGCCUCUGCUGUCCCUGGGGUGCUCUGCAGCUGAGGGGCAGAAGGAGCUGGAUUCUCAGGAGGCUCCUCCGUGUCUCCUGCUGCUCCUGGGUCUGCUGCUGUUACUCCCGAGUCAUCCUCAUCUGAGGAGUCCUCUGACGGGGCCAUGACAGGUUAUAUCUUGAAAGGUAGUUCUUAUAUUCAGUGUCAGCGUGAUUUCACAUGGGAUCUUCCUGUGCCAGUUUGUAAACCAGGUUUCUAUGUCUCUGCAGCCAUAGGUUUCGGAUCUCUGGUUGGUGCCUUGCUGCUUUUGGUUAUUUCUGGUGCUUUCUGCAUAGUUGUUUCAAAAAGGAACAGAGUCAAAUAUGUUCUUACAAACAGUAAACUAAAUGAGAGUCCACACAGUCAAGGAGAACAAUGCAACAUAUGACUCUGAAAAAGGCUUGACUUUCACAGUAGUAGGUAGCAGUACCUGGAUGAACAGAUGCUACACAAAAAGCUUGCGUCUUUGGACUACUUGACACAAUCACUGCGCAGAAAAUGAAUAAAAAUAUUUAUCUACAUGAAAAAGAUUAUGUUCAUGUUUUGAUUUUCACAUUUUUCUUCCUGCAGGUAGAAAUCAUUUCCUUUGUCAGCAAUUCUGACAAUAAGUUUUUGAUAUGUUAAUAUUUUAUUGCAUUUUUAAAAAUAUGUAAUUAAUUACAGUAUUAGU